UUCCUUUUGAUUUGUAUUGAAGAGAAAAAAGGUUUGAGAAGCAAAAAUCUUGAGGCUACACAAUGACGGCAUUGCAGAUUGUGGAGAUGCAAGUAAAUAUGGAUUGCGGUGGCUGCGAAAGAAAAAUUCGAAAGGCUCUCUCUCAACUCCAAGGUGUAGACAACGUGGAGAUCGACAUGGCAAUGCAGAAAGUUACAGUAAGUGGGUAUGUCGAUCGUAAAAAGGUCAUAAAGGCUGUGAGAGGAUGUGGGAAAAAAGCAGAGGUGUGGCCUUAUCCUUAUGAUGCCGAGUAUACUUCAUAUACUGAUCGUUAUUAUGAAACACAAACAUUUGAUUCGAGUUACAAUUACCGUAAGCAUGGAUACAAUGGUAGUAGCCACGGCUAUUAUCAAAAUGCUCCCUACUCUACAGUUGUAGACGAUAAAUUGACAGAGAUUUUCAGCGAUGAAAAUCCGCAUGCCUGCAGCAUAAUGUAAUCUUCCUCAAUUAUUGUACAGAGAUUUUCCCGGUUUCUGGAAACGGUUUUAUUUGCACACUGGUUUUUUUUGUCUUAAUCACGAAGGAACUCAGGAAAUGCAUUAUUGAAAAAAGACGUUAGAAAGCAUAAUGCUAAAUCACAAGUCAUCCAAGGAACCAACGGAAUGCAAUAGUUUUUAAUCUGUUUUUUCUUGAACGAA